UGUUCGCCUCCGACGCCGGCAUAUCGCCGAUCUAUCGUAACGCGUGUGCUGUUUUUACUUUAUUUCGUUCACGCUGGUGCGCCUUUGUUGAUUCACGCCAUUUUUCUACCUUCCUCGUGAUUUUGCGGUGUCAUCAUGUGCGUUGCCGCCGGUCGCCCGUUUCCUUUCACCGUCGUGCGUGUUUGCCGCUGGUCGGCCUAUCGCCGUCGUGCGUAUUUGCCGCUUGUCGGCCCUUCGCCGUUGUGCGUUGUACCGCCGGGCGUGUUUUGCACCGUCGUCACUGUGUCGCCGUUCGUACGAUACAUCGUUGUUCGUGGAGUGCCUGCCUGCUCUCGGCAGCAGGAAUUUGGCUGCAUUGUCGUCGAUGGGAUUGAGUACACUACUGUGGUUGGCUGUAUUACAUUUUAUAUCUAUGUUUGUUGCAUCUCAGUACAAAAGUGCAAAGACAUUUCAAACAUAAUUACUUUUCUUUCAAUGACGGGUAUUCAGCUCGAUACCAAGGAUUUAAGAAUGGAAUUUGGAAUUGCGGGGGAAUUCAAACGUUAUUUCGGCGGUGUUGGUCAACUCUUCGACCAAAACCUAACCGUAGGAAAUGUUGGCGUGAUUGUCAACGAACGUAAUGAGACAGCUUUUUACUUGGUUACAAAGCAAUACAGUGGCGGAAAACCUAUAAUACAAUCGUUAACAGUAGCUCUCAAGUCCCUAUUAGAAAAAAUGAAAGCAAUGAACUUAACAGAAUUAGGAAUUCCGAAAAUCGGUUGCGGUUUUGACGGUUUAGAUUGGAAGCAAGUCAAGGAACUUAUUGCUAGUAUAUUUGCUGGAACCCGAAUAAGUAUAAUAGUUUGCAUCCCCUCCUAAAUAUUCAAUCACGUACCGCCGCCGCAGUUGAAAGCCUAUAUCACACCGAAAGAAAUAUUGGAAUUAGAAGCGAAGAAUGAUAUUCUACUAUUCAUGGACCUUGAACAGUCUAAAAAGAACGAUUGGACAGAUGAUCUGAUGAAUAAAGUAAACGUA